AUCGGCCAAUUAUGUGUACAAGCAGAUAGAUUCAAAUAUUUUGGAACGUUACAGAACGUGUCGAUUGAUAUCAGUGUAGCGUGUAUUUUGAUAAGCGAUCCGCUACCGUGACUAACGUGAUACAUUAGAGAGAUUUCAGAAUUUGUAUCUUAUUAGAACUAGCACUAAUAAAGCGUGGAACGGAAAAACUAAAUAUAUUUCUUAAGGCGAUAUUCAGUCUAUCAAUAUGGAUCUUCCUGUCAAUAAGAUUCAUCGUAUUUUAUUAGACGCUGGCUUGCCAUCGACUAUUGAAAAUCUCAAAAAUCCUACACAAGAAUAUAUUAUGAUGUUAUUAUCAUCAUUCUUGACGCGAUUUGGCAUUAAUAUGAACUUAAUUGAUCAGCCAACUAUGGAACAGUGCGCUAUUAUGUCAUAUUUUAAGGAUUCCGAUACAAUAAAUCUGACCAACUUGCAUGCAGCUCUAACACAGAUAUUUGACAAGAUAUUUCUACGUGAUUUCUGCAUUACUGACAUUACUAAUCCAGGACAAAAACGACUUAGAAGGCAAGCUAAAUAUCUUGCUAAUUUUAUAUUGUAUACAAUGCAAAAAAAAUUAGAAUUCAACGAUAGAAUAGAUGAAAUUCAUGCUAGAUCCAGACUCCUAGAGGAGUUAAAAGACAAGAAAGCUCAGAUUGUAGAGUCUGUUAAUAGGAAAACUUUGCACGAAGAAAAACAAUUAUCUUUGAUGAAAAAGCUCGAGAGCGAUAUGCAACAUAUGCAAUUGAAAAUUGAAAAGAAUAAUAAGGGAGAAUUAGAACUUGAGGUGAUAAGAAACAAAGCAGAGAAGGAAAACCAAGAAGCUAAAGAACUUUGCGUCUCUGUCAAAACAACAGUGAUGAGGUUAUCCAAAGUAAUAGAAGGUUUACAGUCAGAAGUAGUACAUUCGCCAGAAAGGUUUCAAUUGCGUCUGAAUGAACUUGAGGAGCAAAAGAACUUAAAAAUGGAGGAACGCGUCAUAAUGCAGGAAGCCAUUCAAGACAAGAAGCACUCUAUAAAAAAAAUUGAGACAGAACUGAAUGUUGUUCAGAAAAUGAAUGAUGAACUGGCUACACUGAAAACUAUAUACGAACAGUUGAUAAACCAAAAGGCGCAGUCGGAUAUUAUUAAGAAACAUAUUGAAUCAUUAAAAAAUACGUGGAUUGAACAUCAAAAUAGAUUAGCAGUGUAUAAAGUUCAAGUCAACACCGAAAAGAACGAAAUUCAAUCGCGCCAUGAAGAAGAUAUCGCUCGAUUGCGUGACUUGCAUGAACGGUUAUUGAGUGAGAAAGAAUUGAAGACGGCUCAAUUAUGUACAAAGAAAGUUGGCUUUAAUGCGAAAUGCCUAAAAAGAAAUCAGCUGCAUGAGGAAAUUAGAAGAAAAGAGGAAAAGUCGUCAGCUCUCGUUCACAGUCUUCAAGAAAUCUACAACAAUGAAAUUGCUGAUGAACUUGAAUUACGGGAAGCUUACAAGGGAUUAUAACUAGCAAAUAAUUUGAAGGAGUUUGAAGAGGCUUGGGAAGAGAACACCUGUACAUAUCUAUAUCUAUGCUAUAUCCGUAUCUGUACUAUAUCUAUAUAUCUAUAUCUAAGAUGAAUUAUAUCUAUUAAUUAUUGUGUAUUACGCAUUAUCUCACAGAUUUUAUUAUUACCAAGUUUGUACUAUCAAUAGAGGUAGCAGAAUAAAUAAUUUAUGAUGUA